UGAAAAUAAAAAAUGCUUUCUAUAAUUUUAUUUCUGAAAUGACAUAUUACUACCAACCAAAUACCAACUGUAGUUCAACUACAGUUAACCAAAACUGAGGUGAAACAUUUUUUUUUUACUGGAACAAAAACUUCUCAAAGUUGAUCUUCUCUCACUAAUCACAAUAGAAAUACAGAAGAAGAGUAGUAUUCAGAUUUGAGGGGCGAAAUAUGAAGAAAUUGUCGGGCAAAUUCAAGCAAAUCAAUUAAUUUGGCGCAAAAAUUUCAAUCUUAACUGAAUCCUUGAUUUUGUGUUAGAGAUAUAGGCUGGUCGCACAAAUUUGAAGCGGAGGAAGACGUGCAAAGGGAUAUUUUCAUAUUUAUCGUCAAUUUAGGGUUUGCGAAUUCAAUCAAUUUCCAUGUCAGGUAAUUGAUUGAAGUAGCAAUUAUUAGUAUUAGCAUUUCUUGGAUCACAAUUAGAAGAGAAGGAAAAAAGUUUGUAGGACAGAUAAAAUGCAGCAGCAAACAGAAAAGGAAGAUAUUGUGAAGAGACCCGGCAUCCUCGUUAUCGGAUCGCCCGGUGUUGGCAAGCGCACCAUUCUCUCUAGACUACUGUCCCUGGAUUUUGAAGAUUCUUCUGAAACAUCAUUUGAAGUACUCAUAAAAGGAUGGACAAUUGACACAAAAUAUUAUACGGCUGAUGUUGCUAUAUGGAUGGCUCAUCUCCAUGACAAUUUUACCACCAGAUCACUGCCAGAUUUCAAUCAAUUUGCUGCCAUUGUCAUGGUCUUCGACAUGAGUGAGCUAUCUUCCCUUGCUGCGCUCAAAAAAUGGGUCUCUGAUACGGAUAUUCAGAGAUCUGAUAUCCUAUUGUGUAUCGGAAACAAAGUGGAUCUUGUUCCAGGUCACCAAGCUCAUGAUGAAUACAAAAGGCGCUUACAGAGGCUUCAGGAUCCUGUUGCUAGUUCCUGUGAGUAUGGAAUCUCUGAUUCUGAGGGAAAUAGUCUAUUGGGCAAUGAUGAGCCUUCAUGUGAUAUUAGGAGGUCAUGCUGGGAAUGGUCUAUGGAGCAUAACAUUGAAUAUGUUGAGGCCUGUGCUUCCAAUGUUGAUUUUGACAAAUGUUUAUCUGUUGAUGGGGAUUCACAAGGAAUCGAACGACUUUUCAGUGCACUUUCUGCCCACAUGUGGCCUGGGAUGGUUUUGAAAUCUGGAAACAGAAUUCUUGCACCAACUCUACCUGAAAGACAAGAUUCAUCAGAAGAUGAUUCUGAUUAUGAAGCUGAGUAUGAAAUCCUCUCUAGGGGUUCGGCUGAACUAUGGGAUGACUCAGAGGAAGGCUGGGUGUCUGCUAUCCCUCCUAUUGCAUCUUCUGUUGAAUCCACUGAUCUAAAGUCUGUUUCUGGAUUUGAAAGGGCAGAGACAUCAGAAUCGGCGUCUGCUGAACGUAGAGAAAAUGAUGGGGAAGUGGAAUGUAAAGAGGGUGAGGCUUACGACGACGACGAUCCCGACAAAGGUGCACAUCUGGAGCUCGAGGAUUUGGAGCAUUUAAUGUCAGAAAUUUCAAAUAUGCGCAGCAAUUCAAGGUUGAUGCCUGAUUUUCAGAGGCGAGAUAUGGCGGCCAAGCUGGCCAUGCGAAUGGCUGCCCUGUUUGGGGACUGCAGCGGCGAUGAAGGACUUGAGUAAGAAGGGCAGCUGUUCUGUCAACAUUUGGUUGAAAUUACAGUGUCAGCAUCUGUUUGCAUGUACACUUUCAGUGGAAGGAGAUGUAGAGGCAAUGCUUUCUCCAACUAUGACAUUUGAUCAAAAGAUCUCGGUAAGUUGUUUCUUUUGUGUUUACCAUCUGGAGAGUCGUCUGAAGAUCUGCUGUACUGAUUUUAUUGGGUAGAUAUUAAGCUCCUCUUAUUGAUGGAGAUCAUUGAUGCAUCAAAAAGUUCAUAUGGAUCUUCCGCUAUAAUGAAAUCUAUGCUGUUGGUUGCUAAUAAGUAAUACGACGCAAAAGAUCGUGAUGUCUGCAAUUUAGCAGGUGGUAUCUUACACAUCAUUGGUUUUUAAUUACAUUGUUCAUGAAAACAGUUCUGAGAAACAAUUUCAAAGAGCAUUAACUAACUUCAUUUUUAAUUUGCAAGAUUAUACUCUUGUUCUCUAUUUGAAAUUACAAAGUCUAUAUUUUACAACUGUA